AUGACGGAUAAAAGCUUAGCACAUUUUCACCGGAAUCGAAGGAGAUUGUCUCGGAAACAGCGUCAGCAUGAAUCUUCCAGUAAAGCCAAUCGACAUCUGGUCAAGAGGAAUCCGCCGCCGUCUUUUGGUGGAACCGACCUCCGAAUCUUUUCACCCAACACUUUCACUCGAAAUGGAAGUAAAUUCAACAAUUAUGAAACAAGAGAUUCCUCGAAGCCCAACUUUCCUUCGCAUACAUUCCCUUUGUUACUCAUGAACCGCUCUUUGGUGAUGUUUCUCUCUGUUAUUGAACAGCUGUCAUGGGUUCAAUCGUCUUCUUUUUUAUCUCUUGCCUGGAUCACCAAGUCCGUUCAGGCAGUACGCGAAAUUAUUGCUGGCUCCGUCUUCCAAUCUCCUGUUCAUCAGUUUUCUUUGAAAGAGGAUGUCCACAGACUCCAUGGUUUCCGUAUUCCGAUGUUCUUCCCAUAUGAGGUCAGUCAUUUCGUUGCACUCCGGUCAUUUUAG